CAUUCAUAUGCCGCUAUCUCGGGUUUUAAGCUGAAAGUGUACACACUAUGGAAGCCUCCUUGAUGAGCUGAAAAAAAGCAGCCAGUUGUUGUGUAUGUUAUUGUUGUAGACGAGAGAGGCACUAAGCGGCUCAGUUAGUGUAGGACUUUUUAAGUUUAAAAAGUUUUAGUAAGAGAUUUCUAUUGUUCAUUAGAACUAAUUAUUCGGGAGCUGUGUUGAGAAGAAUCUGACAUUUUAUUAAGUUUUAUCGACAUAGCCUAGUUGAGUGGUUUCUUUAUGGCGUCAGUCAAGAAGGAAUCUAAGGAAGCAACUACAACCGACUUCAAAUCACCUCCAAAAUAUAAAUUCUCUGAAGGAGAGAAAGUACUGUGUUUCCAUGGUCCUCUGAUCUAUGUGGCAAAAUGUCUGCAGACAAGGUACGAUGAGAAGAAUAAAGUUCCUGAAUAUCACAUUCACUAUUCGGGAUGGAACAAAAGCUGGGACGAGUGGGUACCAGAGAGUCGGGUGCUGAAGUUCAAUGAUACCAACCUACAGAAGCAAAAAGAUCUCCACAGAGCACAGAAGAAUGAACCGAAGAACAAGAAAAACAAGAAGAAGAGUGUGGGUGGGGGACCAGAGGGACCAGGAGGUCCUGACAGCAGAUCAUCUACACCAGUCAACGAUAAGGAGAAAGAAAAGAGCGCGGCUGUUGCCGGGGCUAAGGCGGCUGCGGCUGCUGCGGUUACAACACAGUCCUCAUCUCAGGAGUCGGCCAGCGAUGUGCCGAAGAAGAAGAAAACUCGGACUGAUCCUGCAGUGGAGACGGAGGAGCAGUUCCUGUCUAAGGUGGAGAUAAAGGUGAAGAUCCCAGACGAACUGAAACCUUGGCUAGUGGAUGAUUGGGAGCUGAUUUCCAGGCAGAGGAAGCUAUUAAAUCUGCCAGCAGCAGUAACGGUGGACCAGAUCCUAGACGACUACUACAACAUGAAAACAUCCAGCAAAAGUACCACACCUAACAAAACAACAGCAAUCCUAGAAGUGGUGAAUGGCAUCCGGGAGUAUUUCAACGUCAUGUUGGGGACUCAACUGUUGUACAAGUUUGAGAGGAUGCAGUAUUCAAAAAUUGUAGCAUCAAAUCCAGACACUCCAAUGAGUAAAAUAUAUGGAGCCAUGCAUUUACUCAGGUUAUUCGUGAAACUUGGAGGAGUCCUAGCAUACACAGCUCUGGACGAAAAGAGCAUUCAGUUGCUACUGCUUCACGUGCACGACUUCCUGAAGUUUCUCCACAAGAACGCGGCGACGCUCUUCAGCUUACAAGACUACGGCGUGUCAUCAUGUGACUAUCAAAGGAAGACUAUCUAAACCACUCCCAGAUCUGUACGUCUGGUCUAGAUAGAUCGCGUUUUGUUACUCAUGUGAUCCAACAGUAGUGAGAUUCGCUGAUACAGGACCCUGGAAUCUGUUAUACGAUAGAUGCACCAGCUGUGAUUUAAAUUUCGGUUUAGAGUUUUGUUGGAAGAAUACUCGUUUCUUUUAUAAUUAGAUGACAUUGUUUUGUCAAUAUCGAAUCUUCCCCCACUUUUUUUGAUAUAUUCUCUAAUUAUUAUAAAAUCUAUAAUUGUGUGUACCGUACACAGGAUUGUACAUCAAAUAGGUUCUCUACGUAUUAGAAUGAACAAUCCAUAAAUAGUUUUGAUAAAGCUAACAAGCUCUGAUGAUUAUUCCAUUCUCGUGACUAGAAGUUAAGGAAUGUAGUCAUUCUUUGUAGCACAUAAUUUACAUAAAGUAUAUUUGUAAUGUCGGAAUGCAUAAAUGUGGCCAUAAAUUAUUGUAAGUUUUUCCAUAAUAGUUGUUUAAAUAUUUGUCAUUACAGGUAAUGUUUACAUCAUAAUAGUUGUAGUUCAAAUGUAAGAGGUCACAAUUGUAUUUAUUUUUCAGUAUUUAAAAAAAUACAUAAUCUAGGAGGUUUGUUACAUAAUAAAAGUUCAAAUUAAACGUAACUUGUUGAUCAUGUUGUAGCAUAAGAACGUUUUAUUUUAAGUUGGAAUGUUAGCGUAAUUUCUAGUGCUUAAUAAUCCUUGAUUAAAUUAAGAGUACAAGUAAUUGUUUAGUAAUAUUUUUUUACUAUGUGCAUUACAGACAUUAAAUACAAAUCUUUUUCUAAA